AUGAGUGCAGUUGUAGAGGCCUGCUCAAUUCCUGGGCCCAUCCCCGAGAGCCUUAUCUCCGCGUUUGCGCACAUCGAUACAGCCGAUAUAGAAGGACGCCCCAGCAAAAGGCGAAAAGGAGCAAAAUCUGGCCCUUUCAGUCUUAAGCAUCAAUUGGGAGUCUCAUCAAAUGGGCUACCUAGUGGCUAUGUCCCGUUGACCAGACUGUCUUUGCGACUGGUUUACACAGAGCCUUUUCCUGACGAUAUAAAGCUACCGAUCACCAUCCUUGGCCAACAACGCAGUUUGCCUGUUCUUGUCGACAUCCGCGGAGAGGAACUGCCAAGGUCUAAUACGCUGGCUGUCACCGAUGGAUGCGACGAGGAUCAGAUCGUUUGCAAUUUGCGGUUGAGCACGCCCGAUGAGGAUAAUGAGAACCUUGCGUCUUGUGCGUUGGAACACACAAAAAUCAGUGUAUUUAUCAAAAAUGCCCGCCAUCUGACUUCCUUGGCCGCUGCCGAUCGGUACUUCAAUCGUCCUCCGACGGCGUGCUACCAGGCCACAUUGCAGCUCCUCCCAGAGAACAAUUGUCUGCUUCUUGAAAUCGUUGGUCUGUGGGUUGACUCCCUGGACAUUCCUGAUCUCAAUCACCUCUCAGAUUCUGUGCUGGAAUUCUUCAGCCAAUAUGCUCUGCAUGAGGAACAGGUCGAUUUCCACGCAGAGACACAGCGCCAGCGCCGGGAGAAGCUUCUUGGAUAUUCUCGCGCGUGGUCACCUCGCGAAUUUUAUGAUAAUGUUCAUGUGCCCGAGAAUACAGAGGGGUCAUCUGCCAUCAUUCAAUUACCUGACCUUGAAUGUGAGCUCUUCCCGUUCCAACGGCGCGCAGUCAGAUGGCUGCUCUGGAGGGAGGGAUAUCAAAUUCAACAGGAUGGAAGUGUCAGCCCCGUCGAUCACAGGUCACAUGAUGCUAUUCCAGCAUCGUUUCAGCAAAUGGUGGACGCAGACGGAAACAUCUGCUAUUUUAGCCACCUCUUCAUGACAGUAACAACUCAGAUUUCCCUGUGGGAUGAUGCUGCGAACCUUCUGCGGGGAGGCAUUCUUGCCGAAGAGAUGGGCCUUGGAAAAACAGUUGAGAUGAUUGCGCUCAUAGACCUGAACCGACGACCUAGCAACGAUAUGCUCAAGUUGAAUCCGGAUGGCUUACGAGUGUCCGGGGCUACUUUGAUUAUUACACCGCCGGCCAUUCUAGAUCAGUGGAAGGAAGAAAUUCGACAACAUGCCCCAAAAUUGCGUGUACACCACUACACAGGCAUCAAACGUGGCCAAGAACGGUCUGACGACUUGAUGGUGGAGGAAAUUGCAGACUUUGACGUUGUUCUGACGACCUAUAACGUUAUUUCUCGAGAGAUACACUACGCUGGUGUCACUCCGGGGCGGAGUCUGCGCCAUGAAAAGCGAUUUGAACCUCGUAAAACGCCUUUGAUUAGGAUCUCCUGGUGGCGUGUCUGUUUGGAUGAAGCGCAGAUGAUUGAGAGCGGCGUUAGCAAUGCGGCAAAGGUGGCUCGUUUGAUCCCUCGACAAAAUGCCUGGGCUGUGACUGGCACACCUCUGCGGAGAAACAUUGACGAUCUGUUCGGUCUAUUGCUUUUCCUUCAAUAUAGGCCAUUUUGUGAUUCGAGCCCGCUCUGGAAACGCUUAUACUCUCGGUUUGGUCCGGUGUUGGUCAAUAUUGUCAAUUCUAUCGCGCUUCGGCACAGUAAAGACAAAGUCCGUGAUGAGCUGCGCCUGCCUCCGCAGAAGCGGAUAGUGAUUACUGUGCCGUUCACUCCAAUCGAGGAGCAACACUAUGGACAACUAUUCGAAGAGAUGUGCGACCAAUGCGGUCUUGAUACAUUUGGCGCGCCUCUUACCGAAGAUUGGAGCCCAGAGGACCCGAUCAUUAUCGAGAGGAUGCGCGGAUGGUUAACUCGACUUCGCCAAACAUGUCUUCAUCCCGAAGUGAGUGGUAGCAAUCGUCGAGCCUUGGGCGCAGGAAAUGGGCCAUUGAGAACAGUUGGUGAGGUGCUUGAGGUCAUGAUAGAGACCAACGAAGGUUCCAUUCGUGCUGAAGAGCGUGCGCUGCUUCUUACACAACUUCGUCGAGGCCAGCUACUGGAGAACGCAAAGCGCAAGCACGAGGCUUUGGCUGUUUGGCAGAGCGCUCUGGAUCAUGCCACCGAGCUUGUCAACGAGAGUCGCCAGCAGCUUCAUCUGCAAAAACUGAAGAACCAAGGGCUGGCUACUCAGUUGGGUGGCACAGCGGCCACAGCAGAGGUCUCUGUCGACCCGACCGACGACGAAAGUGAAGAGGAGAUCGAUAAAAAUAGUCGAAUUGGGCAAUGCCGCCUCAAAUUGCGCGCGGCCCUGGAAGUGCAGCACAUUGCAGUCUUUUUCACCGCCAACGCAUACUACCAGAUAAAAAGUGACGCCAGUCUCACGCCACCGGACUCGGAAGAGUUUAAAGCUCUCGAGAAGGAGGAAGAAGAAAGAUACGAGGCGGCGAAGCUGAUUCGAAAAGAAAUGUUGACAGAUGUAUCCCGCAAAGCUGAGCGAUACAUGAAAAGAAUCAGGGAAAGGGCUAAGAAGAAUGACUUUGUCCGCAUUCCCAAGAUGAAGCCUCAUCUGUAUAGCCGGGGGAUAGAGUCCUACAGGCUUCUUAACAAGUUCGAAGACCUAUGUGCUGCUCUGAACAAGCAUGCAGGGCAAUACGUUGAGUGGCGAGACGCCAUGACAAGCCUAGUGUCACAGUCACUAAUUGACCAGGAGGAGAAUGCCGAGCUAGAAGGAAACGAGUACGAGCGUUCUACGAAACACCAGGACGAAAUGUACGUGUAUAUGGAAGCGCUGCGCACCAUGUACGCCGACCGUCACGAUGCUCUUACCGGGCAGAAGAAUAUCCUUAUCUCGCACGAAACAAGGGCCGGUAUAACUCAAGCCAAAGCGGGAGAGGGCCCAUCUCCGCAAUUGUUCCUGUCUAUCAUGAACACUCGUUGUGAGCUCAUGCCAGAACCUGAGCUCGGGUCGCUGCGUGGCAUUGUCAGUGAGCUCCGCAGUCUUGCCGGAUCACUGGAGUGGCAAGCCUCGGGGGGAAGCUCGCGCGCUAGUGCUGAGUUGGAGUUGGUGACUUUGGUAUUGAAGAACGCGGGCCACAUUCUCGCAGAACAAAUAAAGACAUGUUCCAAUCUUGAGAAAGAAGUGGAGAUGUUUCGCGAUGCGAUGAACAAUCGGCUCGAGUACUAUCGUCAUCUUCAGCAGAUUUCGGACACGGUCGCACCGUAUGAUGAGGAGAGCGCCGGCAAGCCACUGGAUGAGGAAAUCUUUCGAUCCAAAUUACAACAAGAAGAGAAGAUAUGUUCCAAGAUUUCAUCUUUGAAGGCCAAAAGGCGAUACUUAAUCCACUUACGUGACGAGUCGGGGGAGGAGGACCGGAAAUGCAUCAUCUGCCAGUCAAGUUUCGAGACAGGUCUUCUGACUGUCUGUGGACACAAAUACUGCUCGGAUUGCCUUCGUCUGUGGUGGAACCAACACCGGAACUGCCCUAUUUGCAAGAAACCUCUCAAAUUAAACGACUUUCACCAAAUCACCUAUAAGCCGCAAGAGAUUGUUGCACAAGAGGAAGCAACUCCUCUCAAGUUCGAUCACGGAAGACAUGCAAAGAAUGCGAUCUACAGUGACAUCAGCUCCGGGCUCUUGAAACAGAUCGAGAAUAUAAGUCUUAAUGGAUCCUUUGGCACUAAGGUCGACACUCUUGCGCGUCAUUUAAUAUGGCUCCGGGAGUAUGAUCCAGGAGCGAAGGCAAUUGUCUUCUCGCAGUAUCGAAAUUUCUUGGUCGUUCUUAAACGAGCUUUUGAACGCUUCGGGAUUGUCAGCAGCAGUGUUGAUACCCCCGGUGGAAUUGAAAAAUUCAAGAAAGACCCGGCGAUCGAAUGUUUCUUGCUACAUGGAAAAGCGCAAUCCUCCGGUCUGACUUUGAUCAGUGCAACGCACGUAUUCUUAUGUGAGCCGCUCAUCAAUACCGCUAUUGAGCUUCAAGCAAUUGCGCGUGUGCAUCGAAUCGGUCAGCACCGCCCCACAACAGUGUGGAUGUAUCUCAUAUCCGGGACUGUUGAAGAAUCCAUCUACGAACUAUCGGUCAAUCGGCGUCUUGCUCACAUUCUUGAAAAGAAAAAGCAAGUUAAGAAGAUCCAGUCGGCAGAUUUGGGUGCUGGGAAUGAGUCUCUGAUCAACGAUCUCACUGAAACCGCAAUCGAUUCUGCAAAUUCCAUGGAAUUGGAAGAUGCGACUCUGAAUAACCUCAUGGCAAGCGGAGCUGCGGGUGGGGAACUUGUCCAAAAGGACGACCUCUGGCAGUGCCUCUUUGGAGCAACUGCGGGAAGGCAGGAGCACGACUUUUCAACCGACGCAGAAAGGGAGGUCAGCCGAUUUUUACGUGGCGAAGCUGCAGAACAGAGGAGAGACGAAAACGGAUCAUGA